AGCAUUACAACAACUGAUAGAAGAAGAAAGUUUUCAGAAAGAGGUGCAAUGGCUGGCGGUUCUGUCUUUGUUUGGAUUGCCCUCCUCUCCUGUGGCUUCCGAGCAUGUGACAGCAGACAAGUUCCUCAAGAUGUGAAAACUGCAGACAGUCACACAAGAAAUCCACAGCUGACCCAUAUCAUUUCACAGAACCUGUCAGAUACUGACGAAACAUGCAUUGGUGUGAAGGAACAGCUUACGUCCCUUAACAGUCAAUUUCAUCAGGCAACACUCCGCUACAACCAACUAGAUGCGGAAGCAUUUGAGCUGAGGGGCAUGGUCAGACUGCUGAAUCUGAAGCUUUCAACAUGCAGUGCGACAGCCUCAGCUAUUACUAACUCUUAUCAAGUCCAGCUGUACAAUAAAAUGAAAAGGCUGCUGCAGACAUAUGAUAGCGACAAAUUUCAGAUUCUAAACUUCAUCAUGCUCACCAGGGAGGUGAAUGCAUUAAGGAGGAAGAUUGAAAUGCCUGCUUCUAAUUCUACUCAAAGUGCUAUUGACAUUACAGUGCUACAGAGACAGCUGCAAGAGAAGAUCGAUGAACUCAGUGUGAAAAAGGCGCAGAUUGUGAAAACCCUCCCAAACGCAGCUCUCAUUUUUCAGAUCGUCUCACUGCAAAAUCAGAUUUGGGAUUUAGAGCAGGCAGAGUCAAGAAGAGGAGGAGAAAUCAGUCUUCAGCCCAACCAGAGGAUGCUGGCUCUACAAGGACAACUGGAUCGGCUCAUCAGUGAGCUGAGGGGAAAAGGAGACCCCAACUCAGCUUUGCUGGAGCUGAUUUCUGUGCACAGUACAAUUACAGUGACUCAGAGGAUCCUCACUCUCUACAUUGAGAAAUCCAGAACGAAUGCUGCUGAUUACAAAAGGCAAUAUGACCAAAAGGCUGAACUCCUUAAAAAGAAGAUUAUACAGUUGAGCCGUGAGGAGCAUAACAUAGAACUUACCCGGGAAAUUUUGGAACUUCAGUCCGAAGUGAGCCGUCUUUGGCUGUUAGUGCAUAAUGCCAAAAAAGCAACUGAUUCCAGAAUUAAAGAAUUAAGAAUUAUUUUGGAAGAGAAGAAUAAUCAGCUGGGAAACAUACAGAAACAGCUGGAGGAUACAGAGUUUGCCCAGGCACAACUGAUCCUGAAGAUUAUCAGCUUAAUGAAACAGGUGAGAGAGCUACGUGAUGAUGAGCAACAGACAUCAACAGGUCGAGAAACCACCCUGGAGACUUUGCUUCAAGCUAAAGAAAGGGAAUACUCCAAUGCUCUGGCUGAAAUAAACGAGCUGCAGAAGACACUGCGAUUAAAGACUGAAGAAUGCUCUGGAUUUGAAGAAAGAUAUGAGCAGGUAAAGACUGAACUUGACAAGAAGAUUGCAGAACUGAACAAAGCUGGAGACUCCAAAGAGGCACUCAUCCUGAGCCUGAUAAAACUGAAGAAUGAUCUUAAGGCUAUAGAGGCUCUGAUCUCCAACACAGAUGACCCAGACAGGAUCACAGAGCUGAAAAGGCAACUGGAGCAGAAGCAAGAAGAAGUUAUUUUGAAGACCGCAGAAAUAGAGAAAGUGUUUGCCAACCCCAGAAUAAUUUUAACAAUCAUUGAGCUGCAGGAUGAUAUAAGGGACCUUCAGAAAAAGGCUGCUAAUGAGACCAAUGGUGCCGAUAUAAAAGGGUUGCAAAACAGAUUGGAUGAUCUUCUCAGUCAGAUCGAUGACAAAGACGACGAAAACACAAAACUGGUGCUGACAAUCAUGGCGCUGCAGAUUCAAGUGGAAUAUUUGCAGAAACAGCUGUCAGAACGCCAUACGUUACAAGCGGCUCAGGUAACUGAGCUCACAACCGAGCUCACAGACAAGAGGAAAGAACUGCAGAAAUAUGUCAGCGAGCUGACUGAGAAGAAUCAGACCAAUGCUGAAUUGAUUCUGAGAAUCACUGAUCUGCAGAACCAACUCAGAAACCUAGAAAAAGAAAAGGGUGAUGAGGCCCAAACAGCUUCGUCUAGACUUGCUACUCUGCUGAAUAAACUGAACCAGACGGAGGCGCAAUGUUCAAGUUAUGAGCAGGAACUACAAGAGCUGCAGAAGACACUGCGAUUAAAGACUGAAGAAUGCUCUGGACUUGAAGAAAGAUAUGAGCAGGUAAAGACUGAACUUGACAAGAAGAUUGCAGAACUGAACAAAGAUGGAGACUCCAAAGAGGCACUCAUCCUGAGCCUGAUAAAACUGAAGAAUGAUCUGAAGGCUAUAGAGGCUCUGAUCUCCAACACAGAUGACCCAGACAGGAUCACAGAGCUGAAGAGGCGACUGGAGCAGAAGCAAGAAGAAGUUAUUUUGAAGACCGCAGAAAUAGAGAAAGUGUUUGCCAACCCCAGAAUAAUUUUAACAAUCAUUGAGCUGCAGGAUGAUAUAAGGGACCUUCAGAAAAAGGCUGCUAAUGAGACCAAUGGUGCCGAUAUAAAAGGGUUGCAAAACAGAUUGGAUGAUCUUCUCAGUCAGAUCGAUGACAAAGACGACGAAAACACAAAACUGAUGCUGACCAUCAUGGCGCUGCAGAUUCAAGUGGAAUAUUUGCAGAAACAGCUGUCAGAACGCCAUACAUUACAAGCGGCUCAGGUAACUGAGCUCACAACCGAGCUCACAGACAAGAGGAAAGAACUGCAGAAAUAUGUCAGCGAGCUGACUGAGAAGAAUCAGACCAAUGCUGAAUUGAUUCUGAGAAUCACUGAUCUGCAGAACCAACUCAGAAACCUAGAAAAAGAAAAGGGUGAUGAGGCCCAAACAGCUUCGUCUAGACUUGCUACUCUGCUGAAUAAACUGAACCAGACGGAGGCGCAAUGUUCAAGUUAUGAGCAGGAACUACAAGAGCUGCAGAAGACACUGCGAUUAAAGACUGAAGAAUGCUCUGGACUUGAAGAAAGAUAUGAGCAGGUAAAGACUGAACUUGACAAGAAGAUUGCAGAACUGAACAAAGCUGGAGACUCCAAAGAGGCACUCAUCCUGAACCUGAUAAAACUGAAGAAUGAUCUUAAGGCUAUAGAGGCUCUGAUCUCCAACACAGAUGACCCAGACAGGAUCACAGAGCUGAAGAGGCAACUGGAGCAGAAGCAAGACGAAGUGAUUUUUAAGACUGCAGAAAUAGAGUUAGUGUUUGCCAACCCCAGAAUAAUUUUAACAAUCAUUGAGCUGCAGGAUGAUAUAAGGGACCUUCAGAAAAAGGCUGCUAAUGAGACCAAUGGUGCCGAUAUAAAAGGGUUGCAAAACAGGUUGGAUGAUCUUCUCAGUCAGAUCGAUGACAAAGACGACGAAAACACAAAACUGAUGCUGACAAUCAUGGCGCUGCAGAUUCAAGUGGAAUAUUUGCAGAAACAGCUGUCAGAACGCCAUACGUUACAAGCGGCUCAGGUAACUGAGCUCACAACCGAGCUCACAGACAAGAGGAAAGAACUGCAGAAAUAUGUCAGCGAGCUGACUGAGAAGAAUCAGACCAAUGCUGAAUUGAUUCUGAGAAUCACUGAUCUGCAGAACCAACUCAGAAACCUAGAAAAAGAAAAGGGUGAUGAGGCCCAAACAGCUUCUUCUAGACUUGCUACUCUGCUGAAUAAACUGAACCAGACGGAGGCGCAAUGUUCAAGUUAUGAGCAGGAACUACAAGAGCUGCAGAAGACACUGCGAUUAAAGACUGAAGAAUGCUCUGGACUUGAAGAAAGAUAUGAGCAAGUAAAGACUGAACUUGACAAGAAGAUUGCAGAACUGAACAAAGCUGGAGACUCCAAAGAGGCACUCAUCCUGAGCCUGAUAAAACUGAAGAAUGAUCUGAAGGCUAUAGAGGCUCUGAUCUCCAACACAGAUGACCCAGACAGGAUCACAGAGCUGAAGAGGCAACUGGAGCAGAAGCAAGAAGAAGUUUUUUUGAAGAACGCCGAAAUAGAGAAAGUGUUUGCCAACCCCAGAAUAAUUUUAACAAUCAUUGAGCUGCAGGAUGAUAUAAGGGACCUUCAGAAAAAGGCUGCUAAUGAGACCAAUGGUGCCGAUAUAAAAGAGUUGCAAAACAGAUUGGAUGAUCUUCUCAGUCAGAUCGAUGACAAAGACGACGAAAACACAAAACUGAUGCUGACAAUCAUGGCGCUGCAGAUUCAAGUGGAAUAUUUGCAGAAACAGCUGUCAGAACGCCAUACACUACAAGCAGCUCAGGUAACCGAGCUCACAACCGAGCUCACAGACAAGAGGAAAGAACUGCAGAAAUAUGUCAGCGAGCUGACUGAGAAGAAUCAGACCAAUGCUGAAUUGAUUCUGAGAAUCACUGAUCUGCAGAACCAACUCAGAAACCUAGAAAAAGAAAAGGGUGAUGAGGCCCAAACAACUUCCUCCACAAUUGCUAAGCUGAGGAAACAGCUGAAGGAUAAAGAGGAGGAGCACUCUCGUGAUCAGGCUGAGAUCGAAGCUCUGCAGAAUAAACUGAACCAGACGGAGGUGCAAUGUUCAAAUUAUGAGCAGAAACUACAAGAUCUGCAGAAUGACCUGGAUGACAAAAUGAAGGAGCUGGAGUCCAAAUCUAACAGUGUUACUUCACUUGCUCUUCAAAUUUCCACAUUAUCCCUGCAAAUUGAGGAGCUAAAGAACCAACUAGAAAACACUGUAUCCAAAAGCAAGAUAAGAGAGCUUGAAACAAUUAUAGAGAAUAAGAAUAAGGAGCUGGACAAAAAGAAAGAGGACCUGAGGGCAAUAAGUGCUCAACCACAUAGACUUCUACAGAUUAUUGAAUUACAAACAACGAUUGAGAAACUGUCAAAUGUCGCAGCAAAUGACUCCGAUUACUUUAAGAUUCAAGAACUCCAAGAUCAUCUGAAUCGUUUGAUUGAUGGAAUUCAAGAUGAAAACAACGAAAAUACUAAACUGACGUUUAAGAUCUUGGCUCAACAAGAUGAAAUAGCAAGACUGAAGAAGCAAGAAGAGAAGCAGAUAAAAGCAGAGUUGGAGAAAAUUAAAGAGCUGGAGAAUGAGCUGGACGACAUCAGAAAUCAGAUAAAAGAAAAGACAAAGAUGCUGGAAUCAAGUGAUAUGACGAUUACUAAUCUGUCGACUCAGAUUAUGGAACUCCAAAAGAAACUCAAACCACUGGAAGACCAAAUAUCAGACCUAAAAGACACUAACGCUGAGAACGCUGCAGAGAUUCAGAAGAGACUGGAGUUGACAAAGAGGCAACUGCAAGACAGUGAGCGUCAGCUCAAUGAUGCAGACGCGAAGAAUUUUAACUUGUUGAUGGAGAUUGCAGGAUUGAGGGCACAACUGAAAAAGGCUCAGAAAAAGCCACCAAAAGUGGAUGAGAAAAAAAUCAACGAACUGGAGCAACAACUACAAACACAACAAAGAGAGAACAAGAUACUGGAAAGCACAAAUAAUGACUUAAAGGAAGAGCUGACUGAGAAAAGUCAAACCAAUGCUGAAUUGAUUCUGACAAUCACUGAUCUGCAGAACCAACUCAGAAACCUAGAAAAAGAAAAGGGUGAUGAGGCCCAAACAACUUCUUCCACAAUUGCUAAGCUGAGGAAACAGCUGAAGGAUAAAGAGGAGGAGCACUCUCGUAUUCAGGCUGAGAUUGAAGCUCUGCAGAAUAAACUGAACCAGACGGAGGUGCAAUGUUCAAAUUAUGAGCAGAAACUACAAGAUCUGCAGAAUGACCUGGAUGACAAAAUGAAGGAGCUGGAGUCCAAAUCUAACAGUGUUACUUCACUUGCUCUUCAAAUUUCCACAUUAUCCCUGCAAAUUGAGGAGCUAAAGAACCAACUAGAAAACACUGUAUCCAAAAGCAAGAUAAGAGAGCUUGAAACAAUUAUAGAGAAUAAGAAUAAGGAGCUGGACAAAAAGAAAGAGGACCUGAGGGCAAUAAGUGCUCAACCACAUAGACUUCUACAGAUUAUUGAAUUACAAACAACGAUUGAGAAACUGUCAAAUGUCGCAGCAAAUGACUCCGAUUACUUUAAGAUUCAAGAACUCCAAGAUCAUCUGAAUCGUUUGAUUGAUGGAAUUCAAGAUGAAAACAACGAAAAUACUAAACUGACGUUUAAGAUCUUGGCUCAACAAGAUGAAAUAGCAAGACUGAAGAAGCAAGAAGAGAAGCAGAUAAAAGCAGAGUUGGAGAAAAUUAAAGAGCUGGAGAAUGAGCUGGACGACAUCAGAAAUCAGAUAAAAGAAAAGACAAAGAUGCUGGAAUCAAGUGAUAUGAGGAUUACUAAUCUGUCGACUCAGAUUAUGGAACUCCACAAGAAACUCAAACCACUGGAAGACCAAAUAUCAGACCUAAAAGACACUAACGCUGAGAACGCUGCAGAGAUUCAGAAAAGACUGGAGUUGACAAAGAGGCAACUGCAAGACAGUGAGCGUCAGCUCAAUGAUGCAGACGCGAAGAAUUUUAACUUGUUGAUGGAGAUUGCAGGAUUGAGGGCACAACUGAAAAAGGCUCAGAAAAAGCCACCAAAAGUGGAUGAGAAAAAAAUCAACGAACUGGAGCAACAACUACAAACACAACAAAGAGAGAACAAGAUACUGGAAAGCACAAAUAAUGACUUAAAGGAAGAGGUCAAAGAACUAAAAACGUGCUGCAGUGAUGUCCACACCCAGUGUGAAGAUUUCCAGAGACAGCUGCAACAGAGCCAGAAGGAUACGGAUCGCCUGCAGCAGCAUUUGCAAGAAAAGGAUGCCGAGCUCGAACAGCUGCGGAAAGAGAAGGAUGCAGAGCUCGCACAGCUGCGGCAAGAGAAGGAUGCAGAGCUCGCACAGCUGCAGAAAGAGAAGGAUGCCGAGCUCGAACAGCUGCGGCAGGAGUUAGAAAAACAGGCCAGAGAGAAUAACAAACUGCAGCAGGAAAAUAGCGAUUUACAGAGACAGCUGCGACAGACCGACAGCAAUGCUGAUUGCCUGCUGCAGCUGCAAGACAAGGAUGCCAUAAUCGCCCAGUUCCGGCGGGAGUUAGAAAACCAGACGAACGAGUGUGACAGACUGCAGCAGGAAAAUUGCGAUUUAACGACACAGCUGCGGGAGAGCCACAACAAUGCUGAUUGCCUGCUGCAGCUGCAAGACAAGGAUACCAUAAUCGCCCAGCUGGAGCAGGAUUUAGAAAAACAGGCGAAUGAGCAUAACCAACUACAGCUGGAAUAUAGUGACCUGGAAAAUGAGAAGAAAACACUCUCGAACGCGCUGGAAGAACUUAGAAACAGAUUGGAUGAUGUUGAGGAUAAAACUAUCCAUACCAGGAGGGUGAUCUUCGAUCCAGACACAACACACCCAAGAGUAGUUUUGUCAGCAGAUAACACUGAGAUGUCCACCGCUGAGCGAGAACUAAAUGUCCCUAACCUUCCGGGCCGGUUUGACGUGGCUCUUGCUGCCCUGGGCUCGCCCGGCUUCUCAUCUGGCAGGCAGUACUGGGAGGUGUCUGUAGCUGGGAGGCUUUGUUACCAAAUUGGGAUGGCCAGCGAAUCCUCUCCCAGAAAGGGAGCAUUAUCAUUCCGUCCUUCGACCGGUUACUGGACUAUAGUCCUAAACAAGCAGGGCUCCUACAAAGCUAUUGAUAAGAAAGUUGUCACUCUUCGUGUUCGGACACACCCUAUUACAUUCGGUAUCCUGCUUGACUACAAUAAGGGACAAAUCUCUUUCUAUGAUGCUGGUGACAGAUCUCAUUUGUACACAUUUACGGGUCAGAGGUUUUCAGACAAAAUUUAUCCAUUUGUCCUUUAUUGUGUCGAGGAACAUGAUAAUCGAACUCCAAUAACUUUGCUUCCUCCUGCAUCAGUUGACUGGAUAAAUUAGGAAAGAGGGCAGGUUAUGUUUGUACUAUUUGUCAAAUCUUAUUCAUGUGUCUCAUUUAUGAUUAUCUCAGUAGACUACAUGAUACAUAAUCUCUGUAACUGUACAAUAUAUCAUACACAGACCUCUGUUGAUUCUGUUUCACACAAUAAAACAACACCUUUAUCGAUAAAGUUCAGUCUAUGAGAUUUCUCGGCAUACAUCUUGAUGGAUCUCUAUCUUGGAAAAAACCAAUUGGCACAAUCACAACUAAAAUUGCUAAAAGUGUUGGGAUCUUAGGAAAAGUUCGACCCAAGAUAAAUACAGAGGUAGCCAUGCUUUUAUAUUAUUCCAUGGUUUAUCCAUACAUAUAUUAUUGCAACUCUGUAUGGGGAAGCACCCAUCCCACUAAACUGAUUCCUAUUUUCUGUCUUCAGAAACAAGCAUUAAGAAUUAUCUACUGUGAAUCUCAACGUAUACAGCUCUCUGAACAAGACCCUUCCUCCAUUUUAUCAUGAAUUGUAUUCCUACUGUCACCAUUUUCAUUACUAUUCUACCCAUAAUAACUUUAAACUCAGGCCUCCUAUCUGUCGAACAUCCCAGUUACAGUUUGGUCUACUCUACAGAGGUUCAGCAUUUUGGAAUGCAUUACCAUCACAAUUUUUUAAUUUAGUACCUGUCAAUUUUAAGAAAGCUGUAAAAGGUUUGUUUUUAUUGUUGCAAUAUUAUCUUUAUGGAUUAUGUGUAAACACACUGAUCCUAAUUUUAGUUUUCUUUGUGCAACUGUACAACAUAUAUGGAAAUGUGUUAUAUGUAUCUUGUGAAAUCUGAUCUCUUUUGACCUUCCUUUUAAUAAUCUUAGUUUUCUCUUUUUCCUUUUAAUGUAAUCUUCAUACUGGAGAGUGCCUAGAAUAAGCCCCCCUGAUGGUUUUUUGCACUUCUCCAACAUUUCAUGUUGCCUAUAUGUGUAUAAUCUGUAUACGUGUAAACUAAUCAAAUCAAAUAAAACAACAAAUAUACAACAAUGAA